AUGACAAGAAAGCAAGCGAAGGGAAAUUUUCACAAAUUAAAUGAUGAGCUGACAAUUAUUCUUGAAUUUAUUCCUCCGAGUAGUUAUUCAUCAUUUUCACAUAUCAAUAGGCAAUGUUAUUCAAUUUUUGAGACGGAAAAGCCAAAAUUUUGGAAUCAGAAAUGGAUUGAAUAUGAAGAAAAAGUUGAAAUCAAACGAAACCUCGAGGAGCAAAACAUGCACAGAAUUGUCAACACUAUGAGACAUGCUGCUGAGUGCAACCUUUUUUACAUGGUUUUGCCUUUAUUAAUAGUUACGAUUCUGGGGAUGUCGUUAUUGGCAGGAGGUCUUGCCUUGUCUUUUAGUUCUAUGAGUCAUGCAGAGAGUUGGUUUAAGGAUUGUGAGAGAAAUGUUUCAUCUAUUCAAGUUUUGAACAGUACUAUUGGAAGGGUUUCGUAUCCAGAAUGUGUGGAAUGCAACACUAACUGGAAUUCAAGUUGUAAUAAUUUUAAUAUUCUUCCAUGUUGUCAACCGAAUAAUAGCUCAACAAGUAUUGGAUGUAUGUUUGAUAGUAUUCCAACAAGAGUGAAAUAUUUCUUUAAUUUUACAGUUAAAGAUUACAAAGAAAUGCAUUAUUCUUCAGUUUUUUCAUAUGAAUGCAAUGUCACUGAAUGCAUUAAGGAAAAUUAUCAAGAUGGAACUCUCAAAUGUAAAAUAACCUCAUAUAAUACUAAGCGUGGAUCAUUUUAUCAACUAUAUGUAUACAAGCCAGAAAUUGAUUAUCCACUGUUUAUAAGAUUAUUACCCAGUGGUUUAGUUUUAUUGUUCCUUUUCUUGAUUGAUUUAGUGUUUAUUAGUUUGCUUUUCACUUUAUUUAUCGGGUUUACUUGUAAGAGAGACAUGUUUGGAUGGAUUGUAAGAAACAAAUUGAUGAAAUUGAAAAAAAUAGGAAAUACCUAUAGGGUGAGGCCAAGUUGUUGUUGUUUCUGUAUUUCAUUCCUGUUUUUGAAAUCUACUGAUACCUAUGAUUUAGAAGUGUCUCAACUUUAG